AAUUGGUUUAUGAUAUAAAAAAAGAAGUUUUACUAAAAUCACUUCAAAGAAUCGAGGUAAUGCAAUCGAUUUUCACCUUAUCUGACGUGCUGUUUCAAUCGUUUGCUAACGUGGACGACUACUGUUUUAUGUUAUAUGUUGUGUCGGUGAGUCCGCAUCGAUUUCUCUCGAAAUACCGUGAAAGUGCUUGUUUCUUUCGACAAAAUGACGAUGUCGACGGUAGAACAGCCGUGUUACACGCUCAUUAAUUUCCCGGACACUCAGCCGAUGGGGGAGAUGCAGCUGAAACAGGACCUGGAAAAGGGUGACACGAAAGUGAAGAUCGAAGCUCUCAAGAAUGUCAUCCACAUGAUAGCUAACGGGGAAAGGCUUCCGGGCCUGCUAAUGCACAUAAUCAGAUUCGUCCUUCCCUCCCAAGACCACAAUAUCAAGAAACUCCUGCUCAUCUUCUGGGAGAUCGUGCCUAAGACCUCACCCGACGGCACAUUACUUCAGGAGAUGAUUCUCGUCUGCGACGCAUACCGUAAGGACCUACAGCAUCCCAACGAAUUCGUCAGAGGGUCGACUCUGAGGUUCCUCUGCAAAUUAAAAGAGCCGGAGUUGCUCGAGCCUCUUAUGCCUGCGAUUCGGUCCUGCCUCGAACACAGGAUCUCCUACGUUAGGAGGAACGCCGUUCUCGCCAUAUUCACUAUAUACAGGAACUUUGAGUUCCUCAUUCCAGAUGCGCCAGAGUUGAUAGCCAAUUUUUUGGACGGAGAGCAAGACAUGUCUUGCAAAAGGAACGCAUUUCUCAUGCUCCUUCAUGCCGAUCAGGAUAGAGCGUUGUCUUAUUUGGCAUCGUGCCUGGACCAAGUGACUUCCUUCGGCGAUAUAUUACAACUUGUCAUCGUCGAGCUUAUUUACAAAGUGUGUCAUGCCAAUCCUUCAGAAAGAUCACGGUUUAUUAGAUGUAUAUAUAAUCUACUUAAUUCCAGCAGCCCAGCUGUAAGAUACGAAGCUGCCGGAACCCUCAUAACGCUCUCCAGUGCACCAACAGCCAUUAAAGCUGCAGCUUCUUGCUAUAUUGAUCUAAUAAUCAAAGAAAGCGAUAAUAACGUCAAGUUGAUAGUACUCGACAGGCUUAUUGCUUUAAGAGAUAUACCUGCUUAUGAGAGGGUCUUGCAAGAUUUGGUCAUGGAUAUUCUUAGGGUCCUGGCUAGCACGGACAUGGAGGUACGGAAAAAAGCCCUAAACCUUGCUCUUGAUCUGACAACAUCGAGAUGCAUCGAAGAGAUGGUCCUGAUGCUCAAAAAAGAAGUUGCCAAGACUCAUAAUCUAUCAGAACAUGAUGACACAGGAAAAUAUAGACAGUUGUUGGUUCGUACUCUUCACUCUUGCUGUAUGAAAUUUCCAGAUGUUGCUGCUUCGGUGAUCCCAGUAUUGAUGGAAUUCCUUUCGGACACUAGUGAGUUAGCGUCAUAUGAUGUUUUAGUAUUUAUGAGAGAGGCUAUUCACAAAUUUGAACACCUUCGGUCAAUAAUAAUAGAAAAACUAUUAGAAGUGUUCCCAUCUAUCAAAUCUGUCAAGGUUCACAGGGCAGCUCUUUGGAUUCUAGGCGAAUACACCGACAGUAAAGAAGAUAUAUUGGCUGUUAUGAAACAGAUCAGGCAGACUCUGGGUGAUAUACCUAUCGUUGAGGAUGAGUUAAAGAGGGCGGCUGGAGAAAAAGUGGAAGAGAGUGAACAACCAGUUGCCACUAAAUUGGUCACAUCGGAUGGAACCUAUGCUACACAGUCAGUGUUCAAUACAGUUUCCUCGACCAAAAAAGAAGAUAGGCCUCCUUUGCGUCAAUACUUAAUGGAUGGGGAUUUUUUCAUCGGCGCUGCAGUUGCUUUUACUCUGGCAAAACUAUCAUUGAGAUUUGCUCAACAAGUUGAAAGUACAAAGAUACAAAAUAAAUUUUUCUCAGAGGCUAUGUUGAUCAUCUCAUCAAUUUUGCACCUUGGUAAAUCCGGCCUGCCAAGUAAAGCUUCAAACAAUGAUGACACCGAGCGGAUGCUAUUCUCCCUUAGAGUACUUUGUAGCCAAGCGCCACAAUUUAUCACACAAAUUUUUACUAAAGAAUGUCGCAAUGCAUUAGCUGCUAUGUUAAUUGCAAAACAAAAUGAAGAAUCUAAUGUAACUAAGGCAAAGGAAAAAACAGUUCAGGCCAUACAAGUCGACGAUCCCGUGUCAUUUUUACAGCUGUCUUCUUUGAGAUCAGACAUGGGCACAGAAAAUGUUUUUGAAUUGAGUUUGAACCAAGCUGUAGCUGGGCCUACAGCAGGAAGCUCUGAUACAACAGAUCUUUUCUUUUCCGCUAGCAAAUUGAACAAAGUAACUCAGCUCACUGGUUUUUCAGAUCCUGUUUACGCCGAGGCUUAUGUGCACGUCAACCAAUAUGACAUAGUCCUAGAUGUGCUUAUUGUCAAUCAAACAAGUGACACUCUUCAAAACUGUACGCUUGAGCUGGCCACACUUGGAGAUUUAAAGUUGGUUGAAAAGCCACAGCCUUGCGUCCUCGCUCCACAUGAUUUUUGCAACAUUAAAGCCAAUGUGAAAGUAGCAUCGACUGAAAACGGUAUAAUAUUUGGAAACAUCGUUUAUGAUAUCACAGGAGCAGCUUCAGACAGGAAUGUUGUAGUUCUCAAUGACAUACAUAUUGAUAUAAUGGAUUAUAUCGUCCCUGCGUCCUGUUCCGACAUCGAGUUCCGACAGAUGUGGGCAGAGUUCGAAUGGGAAAACAAGGUUUCGGUCAACACCAACCUUACAGAUCUGCACGAGUACCUAGCACAUCUGCUCAAGAGUACCAAUAUGAAAUGUCUCACACCGGAAAAAGCGCUCUGUGGACAGUGCGGCUUCAUGGCUGCCAACAUGUAUGCUAGAUCUAUUUUUGGAGAAGAUGCCUUGGCAAACCUAAGCAUUGAAAAGCCUUUUAACAAGCCUGAUGCUCCAGUAACUGGCCAUAUCAGGAUCAGGGCCAAAAGUCAGGGUAUGGCUCUAAGCCUUGGCGAUAAAAUAAGUAUGACACAGAAAAGAGCACACAAAUCUUAUGGACAAUAAUUUUUUUUUAAUAGUUAUAAUAAACAAUUUACGAUUUAUAAUUAUUGUAUCUAUAGAAUUAUUAACUUUCCUCUUAUUGUAUCAUUAACAUGUAAAGUGCAAUUUAUACUAUUAUGCUUUAAAUAAAACAAGAACUUGAAUUA